AUGAUGAAACGGAUCCGUCCAACUUCAUCUUUGCCAUGGAUGUGCAUUGGGGAUUUCAAUGAAGUGCUACACCGACAUGAACACGACGGUGUGGGAGAGAGAAGCCUAGCUCAAAUAGCAGGUUUUCGUGACGCGGUGGACGUGUGCGAGCUAGCUGAUCUGGGGUACGAGGGCAACACCUGGACUUUCGAGAAACGGGUGGCGGGUGGCUCGUUUUGCAGGGUGCGUCUUGACCGUGCCUUGGCGAGGACGCAGUGGUCAAAUCGGUUCCCCUUGGCUGUUGUGCGCAAUCUCACUGGCGCGUCAUCUGACCACGGACCGAUCUUCUUGCGAUGGAGAGAAUCGAGGAGGGAGCGGCGAGCGACAGAGGAGAAGCUCUUUCGCUAUGAGCUGAUGUGGGAGACUCACGACCAGUUCAAACCUUUUCUGGAGGAUGCCUGGAAGGAGGAUGGGAAGGCCACCAAUAUGGCCCAACUUCGGGACAAGCUGGCGCGAGUGUCCGAGUCCCUGGGCAGCUGGGGCCGGAACACGUUUGGCAAUGUCCAGAGAGAGAUACGCCAGCUGAAUGACAGACUGGCGGUGUUACGAGCGGAGCCCCAACGGGUGCAACCGUCAUACGAGGAGACGAAGGUUACUGAGCGGCUCAUUGCACUAUAUGAAAGGGAGGAGGUGAUGUGGCGACAGAGGUCUAGGGUGCAAUGGCUAGCCGAGGGCGACAAGAAUACUCGCUUCUUCCAUCUAAGGGCGAGCCAGCGGAAGAAGCGGAACCGAAUCAUCAGGCUGAAACGGCCUGAUGGGACUAUGACGGAGGAUGAUCGUGAAAUGGCAAACGUGACCACAAGGUUUUAUGAGAAUCUGUACAGAUCGGAAGGGGUCUCAAAUAUGGAGGAGGUUAUCAAUGUGAUCCCCUCAUCUGUGUCUGCAGAAAUGAAUGAUGCCCUACUGCAACCUAUUAAGGAGCAAGAGGUGAAGACUGCCCUUUUUCAGAUGUUCCCCACAAAAGCGCCGGGGCCGGAUGGUUUCCCGGCACAUUUUUUCCAGACCCAUUGGGAAAUAUGUGGAGAAGAAGUGACCUUAGCUGUAAUUCGGGUGCUCAGGGGCCUGGAUGACAUGAGGGAAGUGAACCAAACCUUUAUUGUGUUGAUACCGAAAGUGGCGAGUCCGGAGGAGUUGGGUCAGUUUAGACCUAUCAGCUUGUGCAACGUCAUUUACAAGAUAGCGUCCAAGGUGAUGGCUAACAGGCUGAAAGUGGUGUUACCAGACAUAAUCGCAGAGGAACAGUCGGCAUUUGUGCCUGGGAGGAUGAUCACGGAUAAUAUUAUAUCCGCGUAUGAAUGUCUGCAUUUCAUGAAGCGGAAUAAGGCGAAGAAGAACCGCUUUUGUGCGCUUAAGCUGGACAUGCGCAAAGCAUAUGACAUGUUGGAAUGGGAUUACCUGGAAGCGGUCAUGAUCAAGAUGGGUUUCCACCGGUUAUGGGUUCGCAUGCGGAUUAAUCGGGAUAAAUCUGCUAUAUUCUUUAGCAAAGGUUGCCCGAGCGGGACGAAGGAAGCGGUGAAAGCUGUAUUGGGUGUCCAGAACGAGACACUCCAGGAGAAGUACCUAGGAAUGCCUACUGAUGUGGGGCGUUCAAGAGGGAGAGCGUUUAAAUAUAUCAAAGAUAGAAUCUGGAGCAAAAUUCAAGGGUGGAUGGAGCGGCUCCUUUCGGCGGGAGGGAAAGAUAUUCUGAUCAAGUCGGUGGCUCAGGCGGUGCCGAUCUUUUCGAUGGCGUGCUUUCUCUUGCCUAGAGGGCUGUGUGAUCACAUCAAUGGUCUCAUUCGGAAAUUCUGGUGGGGGAGUCGCGAGGGCGAGAGAAAGCCUUGCUGGGUCUCCUGGAGAGAGAUGUGCAAACCAAAAAGCUUGGGAGGUUUGGGGUUUAAGGACAUGGAGCUGUUCAACUUGGCGCUCCUUGCACGCCAGGGGUGGCGCAUGCUACAGAGCCCGACGGCUUUGAGUACAAGGAUACUAAAGGCGAAAUACUUUCCUGACAUAGACAUGCUGCACGCUGAGUUAGGCCCCUCCCCUUCGCAGGUGUGGCGUGGAAUUCAUGAAGGGAUACAAGUUCUGAAACAAGGCUUGGUGAGAAGGAUUGGCACGGGGGAACAUACAGAUCCAUGCAAUGACAACUGGUUACCGAGAGAUGGGAUGCUUCGGCCUAUGGCGUGCCUGGCCAGGAACCCGCCUCUUGCAGUGGCUGAUCUUAUCGACUCGACUUCUGCAACAUGGAACGAGGAGAAGCUUAGGGAUUGCUUUUUACCAAUGGAUGUCGACGUGAUUAAGGAGAUCCCUUUAUCCAGCAGGAGACACGACGAUUUUUGGGCUUGGCACUACGAGAGCAAGGGCGUUUUCUCCGUGCGUUCGGCAUACCGCAUGCUGAUCGACACACGGGAGAGGCGAGAGGCGUGGCUGGACAGCAGGGCCACGAGCUCGAACGAGGCAGGAACAGCGAAGGAAUGGAGCUCGAUAUGGAAAACCCAAGUUCCAUCAAAGAUUCGGGUGUUUCUAUGGAGGCUUGCAAAACAAUCGCUGCCGUCUAACGAACUGAGGCAUAGGCGUGGGAUGGCAGACAAUGACCGCUGCCAGUUGUGCGGCGCCUGCGACUCGUGGAGGCACGCUCUACUGGAUUGCUCUAUGUCCAGAUGUGUGUGGGCAUUGUUAGAUGAAGAAGUAACGGAACAUUUAAGCAGGUCGGACGACGGUGAUGCAAGGGCGUGGAUUGCAGGGUUAAUUACAACCCUGAAGCAUGAUGAUCUUACGAAGGUGCUGGUGACGCUAUGGGCCAUCUGGCACGCACGUAGGAAGGCGAUACACGAGCAGACUUUUCAGAGCCCUCUAUCGGUUCACCUGUUCGUGGAGAGAUUUGUUCUGGACCUGAAACAGUGCAAGGACCUCAGGAGGAAGGAACCAGCUACCGCUCUGGAGCAGCGGGCGCCGGGGUGGAUCCCGCCACCUAGGGGGAUGAUCAAGAUCAAUGUCGACGCUGCGGUGGGCAAGAAUGGAGGUCGAGGCACGGUGGCGGCUAUAGCCAGAUCGGAAGCAGGACUGUUUCUGGGGGCAUCGACGCUCGUGUUCCCGGGGAAAUCCAGCGCGGAAACUCUGGAGGCGUUGGCAUGCAGGGAGGCUUGCGCCCUGGCCAACGAUAUCCACGUCAAGAGGGUAAUGGUGGCCACGGAUUGUAUGAAUGUGAUCACCAGCUUGGCCGAGGGGACUCUCGGGAGUUAUGCUCACAUUGUGAGAGAAAUUAGGGAGUCUAAGGGCGAUUUUGAUGCCCUUGAAUUCCGCCAUGAAGCUAGGAUUUCGAAUAAAGAAGCUCAUUGUUUAGCUAGGGGUGCAGUUUAUGAUGCACCAGGUCGCCGGUUGUGGCUAGUUAGGCCGCCAGAGGGAUUCCUUGUAUCGAUCACCUCUGAUUAA